AGUUGCAGUGGCCUGCUUUCCCCGCCCUUCCCAUCAGUCGGGAAGCCUGGACUGUGCACUGGGGGAAGCCACAGCCUUUCCCACCUGGCACCCACUGCCCUCUGCCCUUGGUACCUGUUCCAAGCCCUGAAGCCCUUUAAAGCUGCCAGUGAAGCCCUAGAAGACUGUAUCUUGGUACUAGAACAGGGACAUUCCUGAAUUGGUAAAGAAGGGACUGGCUCAGCCUCUCCUGGCAGUUGAUCGGCUAUGCUGUGCCUAACCAGAAUUGAAAAGUCAGGAGACAGAGUUAGAAGAAGUUUGAGACUUUGAGGACCUCCCAACUAGAACAGAAACAGUGACCUCCCACCUGGCUCAGGACCCUGUGAUCAGGAAGCUCCCCGGGUUUAACCCACACAGCCCAUUCAUUCCUUGGUCCUGCUUUGGUUUUGGCCCCGGGCUGUCCGCCUGUAUCCUUUGAACUCGCCCCUGGACUGAGGCUGCCCUGUGGAUGCCCUGUGGUCCUGCGUCCGAGUGGUGCGCCUCUGGCCUUCCUGUGGGCCCAGCCGGCCGUGGCUGCUGCCUGCACGAGCCAGGUUUCACACUGAGCAGCUGCAGACGGAGAAAUCAGAGAAAGCACAAGCCAGCCACAGAUUCCGAGGCCUGCAGGGGACUCUGUCCUCCCGCUCUGAAGAAAGACUCCAAGGCAGCCGUCUCAGGCCAGGUCUUGCUGCCAUGGGGCCCACGGCCGCCGCCCGCUGGCUGCCGCCUGCACUGUCAGGCAGAUAAGGGGGAGCCCUGCCAGGGGCACCUGCCGCCCCGCCCGGCCACUCCCCCGAGGCCAGCCCUUCCUCACUCCCGGCUCCCUCUGCUGACCGGGGCCAUGCAGGCCCUCCUCUGGCCUCUGUGAGCAGACAUACCUCUGGGGACGCGCGUCAGUGCUCUGCAAGACCCAGCGCACCACCAUGCCCCAGGGACUCGCCUGGCUGCGCUAUCUUGGGAUCCUCCUCGGCAUGGCCUUGGGAAAUGAGGGCUUGGAGCCGUGGCCCUUGACCCGGAGCGACGAGUGCGCCAUCACUGGCUUCCUGCGGGACAAGCUGCAGUACCGGAACCGCCUUCAGUACAUGAAACACUAUUUCCCCAUCAACUACAGGGUCAGUGUGCCUUAUGAGGGGGUGCUCCGAACAGCCAACGUCACCAGGCUGCAGCGGGCCCGGGUGAGCCAGCAGGAGCUGCGGUAUCUGUGGGUCCUGGUGAGUCUCAGUGCUACUGAGUGGGUGCAGGAGGUGCUGCUCGACGGCCACCCAUCCUGGAAGUACCUGGAGGAGGUGCACACACUACUGCUGGACGUCAAGCAGGGCCUGGGGGGCGUGGAGGUCAGCCCCCAGGUGGAAGCAGUGUUGAACCUCCUGAGUGCACCGGGAAGCCUGAAGCUGGUGCGGCCCAAAGCGCUGCUGGACAACUGCUUCCGGGUCAUGCAGCUGCUCUACUGCCCUUGCUGUAAAGAAAGCUCUGUGCUAAACUGGCAGGACUGUGAGGCACCUCAGCCUCAGCCUCGCAGCCCAGCCUCGGCACAGUGUGAGGCCGCCCAGCUGUACCCUCUGCCCCAGCCACCCUCCACCUCCCUGCCCCGCGUCCUGGGACCCUCGGCUGGCCCCCCAACUCAGUGAAGCUGCUGAGGGCACAGGGUGAAGGCUUCCUUCCCGGAGGAGCCUAGGGUGACCUGGGGGGCAGCUGGAGGAGCCCCUGCAAGAGACGGACUGGGCCUGAGACUUCAGGUGGCAGUGGGGAGCGCCUCCUGGAGAGGAGGCCCCGGCAGUUUUCCUUUGAGGGACACAGAGCCUGAGAAGGGCGCAGCACCCCCUCCUGUGGUCUCGCCUGGAGUGGCGAGGGCUGGGGCACCUGAAGGUCCUGAAGGCAGAGCCUCUGGCUGCUCCUGGCACUGCCUGGGCUGACCCCUUCUCUGAAGGCUGUGCCGACCUUCUCCUGAGUCAGGCGGUGGGAGCUGUACCAGGUGGGCUUGGGGGGAGCCCAACAAACCAAGGCCGGGGAGGGGGCAGCAAAGCUGGGACAAGGGCAUGGUAGCCAAAUGCCACGUCUUGCCAUAGUUUAUUUUUUCUAUUAAACACCCGCUUUGUUUUG